UCCCGAGGAGGCGACUAUCCCUGUCAACCGGAGCCUGAACGAUCAUGGCAACGGGCUCAGGCGGGGAGCGCGUGGCGGCGGCGGCGGAGGCAGUUUGGUUGCGGGCCGGGGCAGUGGAGCGGCGGCGGCGGCGGUGGCUGUGGCGCCGGCAUCGGCCCUGAGCGCCAUGCAGCGCGGCAGCCCGGAGCGGGAGCUGGCGGUCGCGGCGGCGGCGGCGGAGGCGGAGGAGGAGCAGCUGAGCGUGGACGCGGGCGCUGCCGGGGAGCCCGAGCGCCCGGCGCGGGAGGAGCAGCCCAAGGCCGCGCUCCCGGUCCCUGCGCGACCCCGCGCGGCCGAGGAAGGCGACGUCCGUGUCGCCCGGCGGCUGCCGCCCGCGCUGCCCCUGGCCCCGCCGAGGCCGGCGGCGCGGGCCCUGUGCCAGCUCGCGAAGGGCCGGAGCCGGAGCCGGGGCCGGGGCCGGUACCGGCGCGGCUCGGGUUCGCCGCGGCCGGUCACCGUGGACAGCUCCAAGGCGCGCACGUCCCUGGACGCGCUGAAGAUCAGCCUUCGGCAGCUCAGGUGGAAGGAGUUCCCAUUUGGCCGGCGCUUGCCUUGUGACAUCUACUGGCACGGAGUUUCAUUUCGCGACAGUGACAUACUCUCCGGUCAAGUGAACAAAUUUCCAGGCAUGACGGAGAUGGUGCGUAAAAUCACCCUGAGCAGAGCGCUGAGAAUCAUGCAGAACCUGUUUCCGGACGAGUACAACUUCUACCCUCGCUCGUGGAUUCUGCCUGAAGAGUUCCAGCUCUUUGUCACUGAGGUUCGGAUGGUGAAAGAUGGUGACCCGACCUGGAAGCCCACCUUUAUUGUGAAACCAGACAGCGGUUGUCAGGGCGAUGGAAUCUACCUCAUUAAAGAUCCCAAUGACAUCCGCAUGACUGGGGCCCUCCAGAACAGGCCAGCAGUGGUCCAGGAGUACAUCUGUAAGCCUCUCCUUAUUGACAAGCUCAAGUUUGACAUCCGUCUGUACGUCCUGCUCAAGUCCUUGGAGCCCUUAGAGAUUUAUAUAGCCAAAGAUGGACUCUCUAGAUUUUGUACAGAGCCGUAUCACGAGCCGAACCCCCAGAACCUGCACCACGUCUUCAUGCACUUGACCAACUACUCGCUCAACAUCCACAGCAGCAAGUUCGUCCACUCUGACAACGCCAGUACGGGCAGCAAGAGGACUUUCUCUAGCAUUCUCUGUAGACUCUCUUCCAAAGGCAUUGAUAUCAAGAAGGUCUGGUCUGACAUCAUCUCCUUGGUGAUCAAGACUGUCAUUGCCCUGACUCCGGAGCUCAAAGUUUUCUACCAAUCAGACAUCCCUACAGGGAGGCCAGGGCCCACCUGCUUCCAGAUUCUAGGCUUUGACAUCCUUCUGAUGAAAAACCUGAAGCCUAUGCUACUUGAAGUGAAUGCAAACCCCAGCAUGAGAAUUGAGCAUGAAUACGAACUCUCUCCAGGGGUGUUUGAAAAUAUCCCCAGCCUGGUGGAUGAAGAGGUGAAGGUGGCCGUGAUCAGAGACACGCUGCGCCUCAUGAAUCCUCUGAAGAAGAAAGAGAUGCACUUUCCAGAUAUCUGUAUGGACAGAAAACACAGAAUCCCUGCAGUUUCUGACAGAAUGUCUUCAUCGAAGCUUAAGGGCUCCUCGCUUUCCGUAGCCAGGUCUCAGCAUCCUGGAAAGCCUUUCGCUGGAAAGGAAGAUCUGGACUGUGACCUGACCGGUGAUCCUGACUCCAACCCCGAAGCCCACCUGCCCUCCAUCUGCCUCAAGCAGGUGUUCCCCAAAUAUGCCAAGCAGUUCAACUAUCUACGCCUGGUAGACAGAAUGGCCAACUUGUUUAUCCGAUUCCUGGGAAUCAAGGGGACAAUGAAGUUGGGACCAACUGGCUUUCGGACCUUCAUAAGGAACUGCAAGCUGAGUAGCAGCAGCCUAUCCAUGGCUGCAGUGGACAUCCUCUACAUUGACAUCACAAGGAGGUGGAACUCCAUGGCCCUCGACCAGCGGGACUCAGGGAUGUGUCUCCAGGCAUUUGUUGAGGCUUUCUUCUUCCUGGCCCAGAGGAAGUUCAAGCUGUUGCCUCUACAUGAGCAGGUGGCCUCCUUGAUCGACCUGUGUGAAUAUCACCUAUCUCUGCUGGAUGAGAAGCGCUUGGUGUGUGGCCGGGGCCGGCGCCCCCAAAGUAGUCCUCAGGAGACCAACCCCACAACCCAGUCAGCCGCAGGCAGCCCUGCACCCCGCAUAAUCGGUGCUAAUAAGCUGCCUCACUCUAGACACGCUCUGUCCUGAAGGCCCCAUGCUGUCCUGGAAGAAGGUGUGCGCUCGGGGGCUGAGUACCCUGUGCUGCCCUGAUCUGUGGGGAGCCACCAGGGUCCCAGCUGCAAUGGCCGGGAGUCCUCUGUAUUCUGCAGGGCUCUCACCUCACAUGGCUAAUUCUUGCCCACCCUCCUCCCAGCGCCUCAUGACCCACCCUGUUUGUGAGUCAUCAGUAGACAUAUGACAUCUGAACUGUGACAGGUGGCACCUAUUAUUCCGGGUUCCCGGGAAGCACCAAGUGGGCAGUUCUUUCGUGCUUGGGGCCACAGAGGAGUGGAGGAUGGGAGAAAGGACAGACCAUCUCAAAGCGAGGAACCGUGGGUGCAAGUUCACACCUGCGGUCUGCUGGGGCCUCCGCGAGCCUGCUGGUCAGAGCUCAGGUCGAAGCAUCGCUUUCCUUCCACCUGUCCUCUGAAAGAAGUAGAAUAUCAAGAUGGCGGACACCCCAAUCAUGUGCUAUAUGGGUGUACUUAACAGAGUAACCACUUAUUUCAUUAACUUGCCUGUCGCUGCAGUGAUUGAUUUAUUACUAAUUAAGAAAUAACAAGUUCUUCAGUCUCCCCAUCCAGGUUCCAGGGGAACCCUGCAAAAGUGGGGUGCUGACCCAAUGUCCAAGAGCUGCUGCAGAUGCACCCGGCACUGUGCUGUCAGCGCCGAGGGGAGAACGUAAGGCCCAGAGGAGAGGCGGGAUAAGAAGUGUGUGCAGAGGGCAUGGGGGCCUGGACCUGAGCAAUCCGUGUUCUCAGAUGCUCUACUGUGGGGAUCCUUGUUGACCACCCGUGCGGGAGCUGUACAGGGCCUAUUAAACAGAGCUUUAACUUGA